CCACAUCAUCACCAUUGAACUUGAAACAGUCCAACCAAUAAAUGACCGGGCUGCUUCAUCGACCCACUGCACUGUGCUCUUUUGCCGAUCGGCAGCUCAAAUUGUGAAUGAUUGUUUUCCAACAAAUUAUCAGACCAUAAUGAUUGGCAUCAACUUGGCCGUCCAGCAGAAGCAAAACAACCACUCGAUGCGACCUGUAACCACUCAGCGAAGCAGAUUCGGAGAGGCCUGUGAGUUGUGAAGCCCAGAAAUUGAAUUAAAUCCAAAUGGGAACAUCCCACUGCGGUCGGGAACCGGUGAACCGUUAAAUUACGAACCAAUUUCUUGAUGCUGGUUCGGUGUGGCGGCAUGUGCCACAACUGUGUGAGCCUUUGCGGCUGAAGAUCUCCGAACGAGUUCAUCUCUCCUUCUCCAGCAUUCGAUCGCCGAAGUGUGAACGUGACCCAAUUAGCACCUGUGCGAGGUGUGCUUUUGUGUAAACAUUUAGGGAAAUUUGAAGUGACGCAAAAAUGGACCACCGCCAGGUGGGUGGCGAAAAUAGCGCCGGGCGCGGAAAUUUGACCACGGCACCGUAGCCGAGUUUGCCAUUGUGGAAGCAAAUUGCUGUUGUGAUGUUAAUCGAACCGUGAAGUCAACCGCAACAAUGGACUCUUCACGUGCUGCGAGGAACUAGGAACAACUGUGUGGUGAGAAUCAAGUGAGAGUGAUUUGAGUGCUACGUCAUCAUCUGGGUGAGUGCGGCAGGCAUGGUGACCUACAAUAUGGAUGUGCUGCACCCGCAACGAAUGAGUCGACCCCGGAGGGGGUCCAGCGUUUCGUCCGGGUUCCGGCUGCUGGAUGCCGACCAGCUGGAGUCCAUGUCCAGCGUCAGCCGGAACUCGAUCUGCAAACUGAGGAUCGAUGCGAUGUUCGACGAUACGAGAUCGAUCAUCAGCCAACGGAUCGAUGAUCGUAGCUCGUUGAACCUCGGAAUAGGGCCCGGAGGUCGCCGCCGGUCUUCGUCGAUCCAUGGCGCUGGAUCGAUUAGUGGCGUUAGUCGGAUCGGCGGGGGCAUCAUCAACGAUCGGGACAAUCUGGACAUCAGCGGAGUGGCGAACAAUUUGCGGGAUAUGCGUGCAAGUGGCCCGGGAGGUGGUGGUGGUGGUAGUGGAGGCAGUGGCGGAAGUCAUGUCAGCCGCCGGGGAAGUAGCAACUGCGUCCAAGCGCAGAUCGAACGAAUGUUUAACGAUGUGGCCAAGGAGCACGGUGGAGCGGAAAAAGACGUCGGAGGUGUAGCGGCAGCGGCGGCACCACCCGCCAAUGGGCAAACCUUUUCGGUGCGAUGUCUUGGCUCGCUGCCACUGAAGGAUAAGGUCACCAGCCUGGUGGGCCUGCAGGAACCGCUGUGGCAGCUGUACCUGAGUGGUGCUGGACAUGGGAACCAAAACGCCGGCACACUGGACAUCAGCCCCAUCGGUUUGCGGGUGAAGAGCACCAACGGUCGGGAACCGUUCCUGACGCCCUUCCAGAACAUCGCCGUAUGGAGCGCCGUGAAAUUUGUCGUUUCACCUGCCGAGGGAGGCGCUGCCUUCCUUCCGCUGAUCACCGAUCCCGAAAACAUUGACAAACGAGCGCUUUUCCGACCUCUAAGCAGUGCCGCGGACAAGCGCCGACUGUCAUCCGGGCUCCAUUCGCCGCUGUUCGCUAUCGUGAUGCGCUCCAGCGCCUCGCCAAGGCAGCUGGAAUGCCACGGAUUCGUCUGUCAAACCCCUGAAGACGCGAUUGUCAUCGCUGCCACCCUGUAUCAGAGCCUGAUGGCUCACAUGGGCAGUGGAGAGAACCAACGACCACGAAGACCCAAGAACCGCAACGGUGUCAGCUGCAUGAGCAUCGCCAGCAGUGCCGCAACGACCAACAUCCACAUUCAACCGGGCUCUGCCAAGCUAUCAUCCAGACGGUCCAGUGCCAGCCAACGAAGUCUUCUGCCACCCCCACCGAGGCCUCCUCGGAAAACGAAACGAACCGCCACCAGUUCGCUGAGUGGCGAAAGCGACACCAUGACCGGUGCCAACGAAGAAUCUUCCACAGAAGAACGCAAGAAACGAUCGCCGAAAGGCAAACGACCACCUCCGUUGCCGGCAAAUCCUCCAAGGGCAGUUUCAAAUCGGCCCUCACUGGAUGCGAUCUACACCGACCACAGUCACUCGAACGACGACAACAACUCCCUCUCGAAGGGAGGCGAAGGCAACUAUCCGGCCCUGUCGGAGAACUCAACCGGGGACAUCCUGACCCGGGUGGCCAUUCCCCGAUCCGGCAGUUUCCUGAACACGGCCGGCCUCACAAGGUACAAAUCACGAGCCACCCGUCGGCACACCGGCAAGGUAGGCGGAGGAGGAGGCUCCCCGCUGGGCUUCUCCGAACUGUUCAACGAGUUCCGGCUGCAGGAGAAUCUGCACUCGCUGGACGAUAUUCUCAAUGCCAUAAUCAACUCGGACGGAAUGUCGUUCAACGAUCUGAAACCGAUCUACAAGGAGUUUCUGCUCAAGCUGGCCGUCACGUUGACCAAGGACGAGCUGUACCAGCGCUCGAAGAGCAUCAUGCGCCGCCAGAAGAAGAAGAAGCUGAAGCGGAAGAACAGCAAUGCGCAGAGCCAACGGCGCAAGCUGCUGAUCGGCGCCAAGGGUCUCAAGAAGGUAUUUCGCUUUGGGAAGUUUCGGAACAAGAAAUCGCUCGGCCGAUCCGGUAGCUUCAGCAAAACCGGCACCAACAGCAGCCGAAGCAAUCAGGGCAGCCAGGGCGAGUCCAACGCCAGCUUCAUCGACGACGGAGACUCUACGGCCUGUCGCCGGUCAGUCCCGGUCGGCGUCCACGGAAAGUCCUCCAAACACCAGGCCGCCAACUCCGACCAACUGUCACUGGAUUUUAAGACGGCCGAUAAGAAGGAUCGAUCAAGAAUUGGAACAAGUGGUUCGGAAGUUUCAGAUGCUCGACAUGAGCAUACGCUGACGGCGCACCACAACCGGAACAGCUCCAGCGGAUACGUAUCUUGCUCAGAGUGCAGCUACGAUUCGGAUGCGUGCACCUGCACUUCGGCCGAUCGGUGUUACUGUAGUCUAGGCGGAGAUGACAUCAACGCGAAACUGAAUGAAGCCAGCAACCGGAGUUCGCUGCCAAGUUGCAAGAGCGAUGAGAAGUGCUACUGCUCGAUGGGUGAAACUCAAGGUGAGGAGGAAGGAUCGACGACUUGGUGCGACACGGAUAGCUGUCUGAGUCACGAGAAGUGUUACUGUCCCACGCGUAUACAGGGUCAAGUUCAAAAGUGUGCCAGCAAACCAUCCGGAGGUAAGAACGGAACCGACAAACUGGGUUUGGAUUACGAACUGUUCACUGUAGGUGGCAACGGACGGGCGAUCAAGGCUUCGGAAGCGCUGAGCGUCAAGAAGACUGUUGAAGUGGCGGCGGUGUUUGCAGACGUCAAGCUGAGCCAAACGACCGAUAUCACAAACUUGAAGAACGAAGAACAGCAACAGGACCAACAGAAGAAGCAGCAGCAACAACAACACAAGGAAUCUUCUAUCAAGAAGCACGCCACAAAGAGUGAUCAUCAUGGUCACAAUCAUCAUCACACGCACAAUCACAGUGGAGGUAGCAACAACAGCAACAGCAAUCACAGACGCCACGGAGAUGGCAAACAUGUACAUAAGCCCAUCCACAAGCUGUUGAACAAGAAGGCCCUGGCGGAACCGAUCGCCCACAACGAGUAUCACUACAUUCAAUCGUCCCAGACGGAUAUGGCCACGAGAAAGCAGCUGGGCGAUAAGCGAUCCUCCAAACGGUCCAACUCGACUAAGUCGGACAAUGUGUACCAGGCGAUGACCGCUCGGAAUGUCGCCGUCGGUUCUUCGCUGGAGGACUCCCUAGGUUAUCUGCCCUAGAUGGGUAGGCGUUAGUAUCGUAAAUGUUUGUUUUUAGAAAAAAGCUUCCAUUGUUAUCGCUCUAUUAAU